AUGGAAUCCCCUAAUCUUUUUCUUCUCAUAAUUUUCACUUGCUUUCUUUUUCUUCAAAACGCACCGUUUUCUGCAGUGGCUUUGAGUUUAGCUCUUCCAAAAACACUUUUAGAUAAGCUUAAAAACGAUCCUCUAACCAUUAGCUUAGCUUCCAAAGAUUAUGGCUUGAUGGUUCAAGAGAAUCCUUCUGGUGUGUUCUUUCCAUUGACUGGUCACGACGUCGUCGGGUUGAUCCGGUUCAUGUAUACGAGUCCAGUGCCGUUGCAUAUCGCUGCUCGAGGUCAAGGCCAUUGUGUUCGAGGGCAAGCGUUGGUUGAGAAUGGCCUUGUCGUAAACAUGACCUCACUUGGUGGUUUCCGACAAAAGACAAGUAGAAUUGUGGUGUCGACGACAUCGCCGUUGGGUCCGUAUGCGGAUGUUGGUGCUGAGCAACUUUGGAUUGAUGUAUUACAUGCAACGACACAAAAGGGAUUAAGCCCUGUCUCGUGGACGGAUUAUUUGCAUAUUACCGUUGGCGGGACAUUGUCCAAUGCUGGAAUUAGUGGACAAACGUUUCGGUUCGGUCCUCAAAUCAACAAUGUUCAUGAACUUGAUGUCAUAACUGGAAGAGGAGAAUUGUUGACUUGCUCCCCUACCAACAAUCCCGAACUCUUUUACUCCGUCCUCGGCGGAUUGGGUCAGUUCGGCAUAAUAACCCGAGCUAGAAUCGCUCUUGCUCCAACUCCCACCAGGGUUAAAUGGGUUCGGAUGCUUUACACCAACUUCGCUUCCUUUACAAGCGAUCAAGAGACUUUGAUAUCUAGAGAUAAAUCCAACGCCCCAGAUUACUUAGAAGGAUUGCUUAUGCUACAAUUCAAUGCGAAUGAUGAUUCCUCAUUCUACCCUCUCCCCGACCAGCCCAAGAUCUCAUCUCUUGUCUCUCAAUACGGCAUCGUUUACGUCCUUGAAAUUGUCAAAUAUUAUGAUCAAACUACUUCUUCUUCCGUUGACCAGGAAGUGGAGAAUUUGGUGGCAGGGUUGAAGUUUGAAGCUGGGAUGAAGUUCAUUAAAGACGUUUCUUAUGAACAAUUCUUAGAUCGGGUUCAUACCGACGAGGUGGCUUUAAGAGCUUUAGGGUUAUGGGAAGUUCCUCAUCCAUGGAUAAAUCUUUUUGUUCCAAAGUCGAGAAUUGCGGAUUUUGAUUCAGGGGUUUUUAGAGGCAUUAUUCAAAAGCGUAAUCUCACUUCUGGCGUCUUUCUCUUCUACCCCAUGUUCAAGAACAAGUGGGAUGAGCGGACCUCGGCCGUGGUACCCGACGAGGACGUGUUUUAUGCGGCGGGGUUCCUAUUUUCGAGUGGAUUCAAAGAUUGGGAAACGGUUGAUGGUCAUAAUAGAGAUAUAUUGAAGUUUUGUGAAGAAGCUGGAAUUGAAGUGAAACAAUAUCUUCCACAUUUUGAAACACAAAAAGAUUGGAUCAAUCAUUUUGGCCGCAAAUGGAGCGUUUUCCGGCAACGGAAGGCCAUGUUUGACCCUAAAAAAUUGCUCUCUCCGGGACAGAAAAUUUUCAAUUAGUUUAAUUUUUCUUAAUUAAUUAAUAAAAAUUCAAAAAAAAAUCAAUAAUUAUUUCUCUUCUCCUCUCAAUUGUCAUACAAUUAAUUCUAUUUUAAUCUUUCCAAACUUUUCUUUUUAAUUUGUACAUUGUGUUAAGGAAUUAAAUAUAUAAUAAUUUUUCUAUUUAAUUAGAAUUAAAUU